CGAAAUCAAACGAACGGGUCGAAUUGAGUCAAAAUACGAAAUCGACCAAUCAAUCCAGUGUGGAGGUUAAUCUGCCGGCGAUAUCAAUCCGGGGCAGCGGCUGGGUGCGGCGACGGUGGCGGACGCCGGCGACAGUGGCGUAACGGCAGCUCGACGGCGAUGAGCAGCGACUGGCGGCGCUGCAAUUCGACGGCGAGGAAAGACGCCGGCAGUGGAGGCGACGUCCAGUGGCGAGGCGUGGCGGCGCUGGACUUGACGGUGAUGAUGGCGGACUUCCGGCGAAGGCGAAACAGCGGCGCUGCGCUUGACGGCGAGGAGCGGCGGCUACUGGCGAAGGAAAGGCAGCGCGAUUGGAGACCGUCGUCGGCGGCACUGACCCUGGCUGUAGGCGACGGGCUUCCGGCGAAGGAAAGGCCGCAGUUGGCUGGCUUGGGCCGUUUGGGUUGGGUUGGGGCGUGGGCCCAAGAGCCCAGCCCACUGUUGGGUAGGGUAAGUGUUCUGCCAAGGAUUCAAAUGCCCAGGGGUGUGCCGAGGAAGACUUCCAGCGUUCCGUCCACGACUUCGACCGCGAGUCGGCCGUCCACCGCGACCACCAUACGCCUGUCCCCGUCCGUCGUACCCUUGGGGCGGUCCAUUACCGCCGCUGCCAUGUCCGAAUUGCUAGCCGCCAUGACCACCGUAGCCCGAGCCGCGAGGGCCUCCUCCGCCUUGUGCUGCCAGCGCCGUGCUCCCCUCGCCGGCGGCUGUGUGAGGUCGCCUCUGUCCCUCGAGGAGAAGGAGGGCUGACCGGGUCUCCAUAAAUGUUGGCGUGGGUU